AUGCCCAACACCUCCGGAACCGCAACCACAAAAAUGGCCCAACUCCAAGCCCAGAGAGUCAAGGAGGAGAAAUGGCAGGUUGAUAGAGAGGAGGUGCAGAAGGCGGAGAAGGAGAAGGAGAAAAUGGAGGCAGUGGUAGUGGGGGAGGGGGCUGGAAUGCUAGUAUGGCAGGCAUGUGCCUGUGCCAAUUUCAGGGCAGCCAACCACCGGUGCAAGGAGGACGGGAAUGGGGUUGUGGGUCCCAGCAAGGGGAAGAGGAUGGCGGUGGAGUCGGAGGAGUUGGAGGUUGCAAAGUGCCCAACAAAGAGAAAGAAGACAGCAGCGCCCGUAGCGGAAAAGUUGAAGGAGGGUUGGCAGGCCCAGAUAGUGGGUCUGCUGGGAGCAUUGUUGGAGGAGCAGAGGGCCACCAGGCAGCUGUUGGCUGACCUGGGGGAGGAGAACCGGUGGAUCUGGUGUGGUCGGACUCCAAUGGGGAGUUGGAGGUGGGAGAAGAGGAGCUCAGGGUGCUUUGAGGAGAUGAAGCACUUCAACGUGCAUGGGUGGGGGGAGCAGGAGGAUGAAGAAGAGGAGGAGGAGGAAAAGGAAGAAGUGGGAAUGGGAGUUCCAGAGGCUUUGGAGUUGGAGGGGCAGGGUGAGGAGUAA